AGUAGACUGGAGUAAAUAUUCACUUGGAGUGGGGGUGGGGUGGGGGGUAUUUUGCGUGGAUUUAUCUGCAGAGUGGAGACACUAUGUGUGAGAGGACUAUUCAGUGACGGCGGAACAUUUGAUCCCUUCUGGUGCGGCUGAUAGUGGACCCUCCUCCAGUCCCACCAGGACCAUUCUCUUUCAUGUAAACCUGUUUUAGGUCUAUGCGUUGGAUUCAUAUUCAUUUUUGCCCAAGUCAAAGAGUUGUGCUAUGGCUUGGCCGUGCAUCAGCAGAGUAUGCUGCCUGGCUCGGUUCUGGAACCAAUUCGACAAAUCAGACCUCUCCGUACCGCUCACCAUCCAGAACUACUCGGACAUCUCCGAGCAGGAGGUGCGAUCCGUCACCAAGCAGGUUUCAUCCUCGGAGAAUAACUACACCCCAGCCCCUGGACAACAAUGUGCCGAUGAUGCGGGGACGAGAGGGUCUUUCCGCGCACGGAGGGGCCCCGGGUACAAGCCCCGGGGGGACUACCAGCCUCCGGAGGUGCCUUUUCCUAGCGUCACGCAGUACAAGCAGGAUUUCAAACCCUGGCCCAUUCCGAGGAAGGAUCACUUCCCCUGGAUCAGUAAUGGGGGCAGCCCGGUAAACAGUUCUCACAUGGCGGUAGCACCUGGGGAGGGCAGGGUGCAGAAGAUGGGGGAGCAGGAGGUGAAGGAUGACGAGGAGGGAAGAACCAGCUCCUACAGCCAAGAAUAUAAGCCAUGGACCAGACCCAUCAAAAGUACCAGAAAACAACCUCCAGUUCCAUAUCCCAACCCUCGGACCAACCGGGACAGCCCCCAUGUCCCACCUGAGACCAGCUAUCAGGCUGCCUACAGUGGUGAGGCCCACAGGUCAAUAGGGCAGCACCAGAAGGGCAUCGCAUCUGCUAGCACCAACAUACAGCCCACCUCCGUACCUCUGCCGGUUCAUGCCGCCAAGUUGCAAGUUGGCCCCUCCCACAACCACACCCCUCUUAUGCUGCAGACCAUCCAGCAUGAGAAGGCCGAGCUCAGCACAUCAACAAAGCGUCAGGAACAUCUGGUUAGGACCAAGCUGCCACCAAACCCUUCUGCUGUCUUUCAAAGUGGAUCACGGGCCUUUUAACAUGGGACCGGCACCAGGCAAGAACUACACACCAGAAUCUAUGCAAGGAAGUCCCUGCAGAAUUAAGAAGACACCCCCUAGGCUCCCGAUCCCCCUCUCCGCCUCCUUUACAGCCCGGUUUGCUUCACUUGCUCUAGAAUUGAAUAUGCAUGUCAUUGAAUAGCUAAUUAUGCUGCACAACACAAGAAACUGUCUUUUCAUUUAUUUCCUCUUAAUUCAAUUAUCUCAUAAUGUUGCUUGAAAUGGAACUUGCUUGGGUUUUAGCAAUAAAAUUAAGUUAUUGAAUUUAAUACAAUUGUAUUUGGUUAUUUUGAAAGUGUUAUUUUGUGUAUAUAGUUAGAGGAAAAUAUUAAAUGGAAUAAUGAAUAAAGGUUUUAGGUCUUAGUGGUUUUCCUGU